UUAAUCAGACAGGAAGCGAACACCACAGAAGGACAUCUGCCUCUGAGUCAGUAUGUCACACUGAAGAAGAGGCCGGGGCCUGUCCAAAAUGGCUGCCCAGGAACGCAUGUCUUAGAAGAGGAUGCUUUUGCAGGGAUGAUUUUCUCUCUUGGCUCAGCUCUUGCUUGCGCUCUGUCUGCCUGUAUCCCUGAUCAUGCCUCCUUACAGUUCCUUCUAACGAUUUAUCAGCAAGACUGUUGAAAGUAUAACCAUCCAAGAUGCCUGUCCCUCCCCCACCGGCGCCCCCACCGCCACCCACAUUUGCACUGGCCAAUACAGAAAAGCCUACCCUAAAUAAGUCAGAGCAGGCUGGGAGAAAUGCUCUUCUGUCUGACAUCAGCAAAGGGAAGAAACUAAAGAAGACAGUCACCAAUGACAGAAGUGCACCAAUUUUGGACAAGCCCAAAGGAGCUGGUGCUGGCGGUGGAGGCUUUGGCGGAGGAGCGGGCAGCGGAGGAGGAGGAAGCAGCGGUGGUGGUGGAAACUUUGGAGGGGGCGGACCUCCUGGCUUGGGAGGACUGUUCCAGGCUGGAAUGCCCAAGCUGAGAUCCACGGCCAGUAGAGAUAAUGAUUCUGGAGGAAGCCGACCGCCAAUUACGCAACCGGGAGGAAGACCCGCGAAUGCCAAGCCCUUCUCGCCCCCCAGCGGCCCGGCGAGGUUUCCAGUGUCUUCUCCAGGCCACCGCAGCGGCCCCCCGGAGCCUCCCCGGAACCGGAUGCCUCCGCCGCGGCCCGACGUGGGCUCGAAGCCCGAGAGCCUUCCCCCUCCAGUACCGAACACGCCGAGACCCAUUCAAUCGAGCCUGCACAGCCGCGGGUCGCCCCCGGUGCCCGCAGCCCCCCGGCAGCCCAGCCUGGGGCCCACGCCCCCGCCCUUCCCGGGAAGCCGCGGCGCGGCCUUCGGGGGCGGCUCCCUGCGGCAGACGCCGUCGGGCGCCGCCGCGCCUUUCUCCAGCCGGCCGCCCCUGCCCCCCACCCCGAGCCGGGCGGCCGACGACAAGGCGCCGCCCCCGCCGCCGCCCGUGGGCAACAGGCCGGCCCUGCACCGCGAGGCCGUGCCGCCGCCGCCCCCGCAGAACAGCAAGCCCCCGGUGCCCGCCUCGGCACGGCCCUCGCCCGCCGCCGCCUCGCCGGCGCCGCCCCCGCUGCCGCCCAGCCGGCCCGGCCCGCCGCCCCUGCCCCCCGGGGGCUCCGGCGGCGGCGACGAGAUCCCGAGGCUCCCGCAGCGGAACGUGUCCCUCACCUCGUCCGCACCGCCCCUGCCGUCGCCCGGGCGGUCUGGCCCUCUGCCUCCCCCACCCACCGAGAGACCCCCUCCUCCGGUGCGGGAGCCGCCGGGCAGGUCAGGGCCCCUCCCACCACCACCACCGGUCAGCAGAAAUGGCAGCACAAAUCGGGCCCUGCCUGCCACCCCUCAGUUGCCGUCCAGGAGUGGAGUAGAUAGUCCCAGGAGCGGGUCCAGGCCUCCCCUUCCUCCUGAUAGACCUGGUGCUGGGGCACCGCCCCCACCACCACCUGCAACAUCCAUUAGAAACGGCUUCCAAGACAACUCAGGGGAAGAUGAGUGGGAAAGCAGAUUUCACUUCCAUCCAGUUUCUGAUUUGCCACCUCCAGAGCCAUAUGUACCAACGAACAAAAGCUAUCCUAGCAAACUGGCAAGAAAUGAAAGCCGGAGUGGAUCCAGUCGAAGAGAAAGGGGUGCCCCACCCCUGCCUCCCAUCCCAAGGUGAUGUUUGCCUGCUCUUCUCUCUCUAGACUCCAGAGCACCUUCUGAUGUUGCUGUCUGAGAACUGCACACCCGCUUCCUUUUGUCCUGUCCCCUUCAUUUGUGGCAGGAAGAAGAGAGGGUGAGGGGAAUUUGUGUGUGAAGGGGGUGGGGAUCCAGUAGAGAAAUGCACCUAGCUUUCGAUGUUCUGUAUAUUCUCACAGCUAUUGCUUGCUUCGGCUACAGCCUGCCAGUGUUGGCUUUGGGAUCUAUAGACUUUUAUGCAAAUAGGUAGAGACACAUUGUAUCCCGGGCCUCAGCCAAACACUGCCUGCAUUUGCUACAGGCUGUAAUUAUGAAAGCCCCUGAGAGCUAUUAUUGCAGUGCUUUUUUCACAGGCUUGGCCUCCUGUGAGGCUGUUUCCAUGAACCACAGAGGCCAAGGCAAGUUGCUAGGCAAGGGCUCCCACAAGGCUUUUGCAAGUACUGAUGCCCAGUCCUGAGCAUUCUGAGGUAGGCCGGAGGACAGAGCUGUCCAAUGGAAAUAUAAUGUGAGCCCCGUAUAUAGUUUUUACAUUUCUACUAGGCACAUUUUUAUAAAGGUAAAAAGAAAAAGGAGAAAUCAAUUUUAAUAUAUUUCAUUUAGGCCUAUACUUGCAAAACAUCAUUUCAACCUCUGAUCCAUUUCAGAAUUAUUAAUGAGCUGUUUUACAUUCUGUUUGGUACCAAGUCCUCCAGGGCCAGCAUGUAUUCUUCACUCAGCACCUCUCCACUCGGACCAGUUACCUGGCAAGUGGUUGGUAGCCACAGGUGCCUGGUGGCCACUCUGUUGGACAGCACAGGUCAGGAAGAUGGAAUUUAGUAUAAAGCCUCUUGUUUAUAAGAUGAGCUUUAGAGAUUCAAGAGGUACCUAAAAAUCAAGUUGGGACCCAGCACUUUGUGGGGCAGACAGCCUGACCCUAGAUGUUGGUCCCUUCUCUUUCCUCUUCCUUUCAUGUCUGUGAACAAGUAUUGCUUCGCAGAAUCAAGGUCAGAAAUUGAUCUCAUAUGGUUUACAACCACAUGGAAUAAAGCCAUGGGAAAGAAACAGAAAGCUGUGGGGGCUUCCAGGCUCAGCUCCAGCUGCCUUGUGCUGUCAGAAGCCUCCUGCCUUACAAAGUUGAGGUCGCCUUUGUUCCCCUUCCGCUGAGCAAGCUCCUCAGGCCAGCAAAGACUGGGGAGACUGAGGGGUGGGGAGAAAGAUAUCAAGACAGAAGCGUAGAAAUGUGUAACAGAUUUGAAUUAAUGGGCAAAACUCUUAAAAAUCUAACUCUGAAGCUUAUAGGAGUGAGUUGGGGAGCUUGCUAGUAGAAUUAGGGAGUGAGUUCCUUUGAAUAGAGUCAUUUGUCCUAGAUCUAUGCAAAUAAAGUUCCACUUAAGGGCCAAAAAGGAAGAGCCAACCUUGCCUUUUUUUAUGUGAUUUUGUUUACAAAAUUUUACUGAGACUUUUAAGUCUAGCUAUAGAGUUGGAAAAAAUAUAUUCCACUUUGAUGUUUUCUAUGGUUAUGUUUAAAAUUGCCUUUCUUCAUUUUAUAAAAGCACAUGGUCACAUAUGUGUAUGUCUAUUUACCUAAACUUUGUAUUAAAUUCAGUGUAUUGUUCAUGGAUUACUGGGAAAUACUAGCAAGGAAUCAAUCCAAAGAAAAAUUUGCAAGAUGCAUUCCUAUUUAUAGACUAAAUGUUGCAUUUAUAUAAAAGCAGAACUUAAGAGUUCUAAUAAAUGGAAUGUAUAAUAAAUUCUGAAAUUGUUGAUUUGAAUAUAUUGUACUUUUAUAACUUCCCUUGCCAAAGUCCUAUGCUGAGUACAUUAGAGAACUUGUUUUCUUCCCCUUCCUGUACAAUUCCUCUACCUUGUGGCUGUCAUUACUUGGAGCCAUUACUCAAGAGAACAAGAAAUAUAAAAGUAUAAAACAAGCUUGGCCAAAAUAUUUCUUAAUUUUUUAUAUCUGAUUUGGUAAUUUAGCAGCAUGAUUUUAUUUUGAAUUCUUUGUUCUGACAUCAGCUGUGACUAACACCUACACGAUAAAGCCUAAUACCCAAGUCACAAAAGAUAACACUGGGGCUUCCUAAUAGAUUGGCAGAGGAAAGUCUGACCCCAAGACAGUAGGUCUGAAUUUUGUAAAGUAUAAAAUUUAUGAAGAGACCUGGACAAGUCCUUGCGUAUCUUAACUUUGGCAGAUACCUUUCUAAAGUAUGAAACAGAAUUACAGCUCAAAAUUGCCUUUCAUCUGGAAAAGAGAUGUUUUAGAAUAUAUUUUAAGGGAGUGUUUCAUGAAUACACCUAUACCCUUUCUUAGAAAAUUAGCACUUAAUUGCACCCACAACUUUGAGUUUUAUAUGAAAAUCUUCAAACCUUGGCAAAUCAUAAAAAUGAGCACUUUUCCCCUCGAAAUCAGAAGUUCACUUGCAUGUUUUUUCUGUAAGAUUUCUAAAUAAAUGUAUUCAAGAGCCAAUACAGUAUUUUAACAUUCACAUAUCAUUUUAUAUUGAAGUGUAUUACAGUAUUAAAAUUCAGUGUUCUGUAUUUAUUUCAUUAUGCAUUUUAUUUAGUAAAGCCAAGAAAAAUAUUUAAUCCAAUGGUGCCUUACUUCGUGAUUUGAAACAAAUCAACUUUUUAUGUCUUAGUAGCAGAUUAUUUGCCUGUUUUUGUAAAAUCUGUUAGGCUUUAUCUUUCGACUUGUAAUACCAAUUUUGUUAUUUUAGUAGCAGAAAUGAAAUGAUUGUUAAAGCACCCUAACAUUUUGGUAUGAAAUUAAUUUCUCCCUAGUAUAGUCAGGGAUUAGAGAGAAGAAGAAUAGAAAUAGAAGAAAAAUAUUUUUUUAUGCCAUUGCACUGCGUAAACAGACAUAUCUUGGUAUCUAUGUCAUUAGGAUAGUUUAAAUGGCAGGGUAGAAUCUACCCUAGACAUCUACGUCUUUGUAAGUUAGCCAGACAAUAAAUAAAGCAGAAUGAUACAGUGUCAA